AUGUUCCUCUGUCUUGUGCUGACUGCAGUGCUUCGAGGAUCUCAAGGUGUGGAUCGGAGAGAAUUGCUGCGACGAGAGAUCGGUAGUGCCGCGGGGAUCUCCGUCCUCUCAGCGAAUCGGCCUUUGCCGCCGGGUCCCAGCCGCACCUGUGAAGACUUCGUGUCACAUGUUGAGUGCAAAGGCACUCGUGGCUACGAUCAGUCAUGCAUCUUUCACUGCGCAUAUUUGACUCCGGAUGUGGAGGGCCGCUGGGUGGUGACGUUGCUCAUGGAAAACUCCUCAAACUCCACUGAGGUAGCCAUCAGCGACUGGGACAUGCCGGCCAUCCGUGUGGAGUAUCCUUUGACGGUGCAGCUGAAACGCUUCGACUCCAGGGAGAUGCUGCAGGACUAUGCGCGUCAGUGGACCGUAUCGCACCACCGCGGCUUGAGCGUGCUGUUUCGAGCGCUUUGGCAAGACCGCUGGGCGCAUGCUUUGUUUGAUGGUCUUUAUCCUGCAUAUGUCUCACUUGCCAGGUUUGGCCUGGCCAAGCAUGCCUUUACAGCUGUGGCCAUCCUGUCCAACUAUACCCAGGGCGUUGACUGCCGGCUGUCAGAAUCCCAGUUCAUGGGUUUAUCAGGUGCUGGGAUCUAUAUGGGCAUUGCAUGUCAAAUGGAGGAGGCUCUACGUCUCUUCGGCGCUGGCCAGGAGACAUCAAGGGCUCCUUUGCUUCGCAUCAACGAGUUGAGGGAGGACCUUCAAGGCUCUGCCAUGCUCUUCGAUCAUUUGGUCAGUGGCAGUGCCCAUCUCGGGGAGUACGCCUCGCUGGUGGCCCUGCCCGGCACUCGUGUCGAGGUGGACCAGAGGCUCUUGGAGGAGUCCGAGCCGGUGCCCAACGUGGACCUCCUGGGCGACUUUGCGGAUCGCAUGUACCGCGCGCAUGGCCUGGAAUCCCCGGCGCCGAGAACUGCACGGGCACGGCUCAAGGUGCUGAUCACGAGCAACAAGCGCAUGUCGCCCGAAGAGGUGGCAGAGAUGACCCAGCUUGCAGAAACUGCGUCAGCUGGUGCAGCGAUGGACGUCCGAUUCGUUGAUUGGUCCACGGUUCAACCCUUCAAAGCCCAGCUGGAGUUGCUGCGUGAGACAGAUAUUUUGGUGAGCGGCAUUGGCACAGCGUUGUUCUACUCAGCAUUUCUGCCAUUUGGCUCUGUGUGCAUCAACACUGGCUGGAAGGACGAUGCUUCGGUGCCUACCUAUGGUGAAGAUAUCUUGGGCCUGUCCAACCGUCGAACACGCUUCCUCUAUGUCCCCCUGGAGAAGCUUCGGAGAGGCAUCACCUCCAAAGACGUUGAGGCGGAGAUUCACCGCGCGGCUGCGUUGAUUUCAGAGGGAAAGGUGGUGCCAUUCUCACCAGACGACAAUCUCUCCAUCUUUGGUCGCAUCAUUCGUGAGCUCAGCCUCCAAAGUGAGAGAUCCCGCCGGGGCUUGCAGGGCAGAGGUCAAGAGGAUGGAGGUUUCCUUUGCCACCAACGACCAACUGGGCAGACCUCCCUGGCGGAUUUGGUCUUCGAAAGAAACUUGGACGCUAAAAACUUGCUGUUUCAGCUGGAUCCCAUGACCUUAGCGGACGCCUGCCAGCUGGACAUUCCGCUCUUACGCGAGCUGAAGCGAAAGUACAACUUGACCAGAGCCCUGGGACUCCAUGGCACCUGCGAGUGCGUUGCAUGCGUCACUGAUUGGUGGGUGGUGGAUGAGUGCAACAAAGUUUGUGGCGGUGGAGAGGUCAGAAUGAAGCGCGCCAUCACACAGGAGGCCACCGGUGGAGGAGAAGCCUGUCCGAGCCAAUCCGAGCUCACAAAGGUGGAGCAGUGCAAUAUGAAGCCGUGUCCAUUGGCAAGAUUGGACCGCGUCACACUGGAGCCAGCCAAGGUUUACGCAGGCAACCCCUUCAUCAUCACCAUCGCGGGAGAGUGGCUUGACCCCGAGAGCGAUCGUGUUUUGCUGAUCGACCCGCAAUCAGAAUGUGGUCAGACGCAGGUGCAUCACGGUGGGGCUGCCUGCAACGAGUUUAGUUCCAGCUCUUAUCGCUUGGUCUGUGGCAACGGUGACUUCUCCGUGCGGCUCCAGAACCCCGGCACGUACAAGAUCUGCGUGUGCGAUGCUAGCGCCUCCAUCCAGCGCAGCCAAGAUGGCAGCACUAACAUCACUACAGGAAACUACGAAGCUGCAGGGAUCCAAGGUUCAGGUUGCGCCACUCCGGAUCUAUACCUGCACAAUCCGGAGCAGGGGGCCAUCAUCGAAGCCUUCGAGGUCGUUUUGCCAAGCGAAACAGCUCCCAGCACUGGCUUGUCCUCAGGUGAACUUAUUGGCAUCGCCUGCGGUGGAAUCUUCGUGGUGGGCGUCCUGGGGCUCGUGGCGGCGUACUGGAUCCGGAAGAAGUGCUUCCAGCCAAAGCUGGUGAAGGUGGUAGAUGAGUCCUACGCAAAAGAGGGCAAGGCCGGGGUGGUCUGGGCCUUGGAUCCCCAAGGGAUUUCAUGCGCAGUGGAUCAGAACGUGCUCCAGUUCUACGAGUCCUAUUACCAGUCAUUGGGAUAUCCACCUGGUACUGCAGCACAGGUACUGGGAGCCAGUGUCGGACAGCAGCAUCAGUUGGCCCUUGCAGGGCCCAUGGGAGGUGCUAUGAUGGCCGGGGCACCAGCUGGAACACCUGCCUUGCAGGACGCAGCCUGGAUGGCACCCAGACCUAUGUCAGCGCCCUUGCAAUUGGCUUUGCCACCCUCUCGGCACCCGGGGAUGGCACCACCCACACCGCAAAAUCGUGGCCGUUCCCCACGUGGAGAAACUCCUGGAAAGAGCUUUGGCGACUUGGUCUCUGAGUCCAAUAGGCGUCCCUCCAGGCAGCUUCCUUUAUUCACCGACACAUCCUUACCCAAGAUGCCAACCCCAACGGCCACACCACGCGGAGUGGCAACCCCACGGCAAGACGAACAUUCCUUGGCUGGGGCUCUGGAGGAUGGAAAAACGGAAGAUGCAGCCAUUGGAGGUGAUGAGGUAGCCGUCACCGUGUCCAAGAGCUUGGAGGACGUGAAGGAACAGCGGCCCUCCACGGCAGACUCGGUGUAG